UCGUGCUGCUGCACAAUACACUCUCAAGAUCUCUUCGAAGUCUCUCAGUAUCAACUCAGGAUAUCCCUUCGAACGAAGAGGCUCACACCCCUGAAACCCAAAGUUGACAGCAUUCAAAACGCCAGUUCUCAGCUUGGUAUACGAACAGAAGCGAUCACGCACUAUCAAGCAACGACAAACGAACAGCAAUAAAGACUAGAAAUUCUAUCCUUCUUGCCUUUCAUCGUACCUGCGAAGCCUCGACCAGUGGACAUAGUAUCGAAAGGAAAUGGUCUCAGCAGUUCGUGCGAGACUCCAAUCUCGACUCUGAAACAUAUCCAUUUGCCUGCCGCCUGGAGGAUCACUAAUCUAAUCAGUAUUGGGCUCUUGUAACCGAUUACCUCGAUUUUCCGUGCUUGGGUAUCGGAGUCCACCCGUCAACUCCAUGUCGAAACGGCUUCCUCCAUCCUCUGUCGUGGCUUCACAGGAUGAGACGGCUUAUCUCGAGUCCUCUACAUCCUUCACCAUUCCUCCCACUCCUUGUAAUUCCUGCAAUGACCUCGAUACUCCCGACAACCAAUCCAUACCCAUUUCACAUACAUCAACGCGCAAACUGUCAGAUGCAGUAUACGACCCGCCACUUGGCAGCGAUUUACAUAUCCCGUUACCAGGCGAUACUCCUACAUCGUCAGUACGCCGGAUAUCCGUCUCCUCUCAUUCUUCAUCAUAUCUUUUACCAAACCCAACCUUAUCAAUGACAAAAUCACACGACAUACCCUAUUCCUCCAGACCCAUACCAGCUCCACCUAUAACCAUCCGUCAUGAUCAGAUAUCAAACCAGCCGUCCCGCAAAAUUAGUGGAGAUGCGAUUUCCCCUGUCACUGAACUUUCACAUCUACCCUCUCCUCCUGCCGUCAAAUUUGGGAUGGACUUGAGGCAGAAUGAGAGCAGGGGUUCGGCAUCACAGGAAGAUAUCGACGCCCAAAGGCUGCAGGCAUUAGGGUACAACGCGGUUUUGGGCAGAGAUUACACUUUUUGGUCCAGUCUGGCUAUCAGUUGGCUAAAUAUCGGCGCAUUGCAGGGCACCAUCUUUGCUGUGUCUGGUACUUACAACUACGGAGGGCCCGUUAUGAUCCUUGUUGCCUGGCCCAUUUCCGGCGUAUUGACUUAUUUCAUGACUCUUACCCUGUCUGAACUUGCCUCAGCAUAUCCCGUAGCUGGGGCAAUGUUUUCAUGGUCUUGGAAAGCUGCGAGAGGCGGUAUCGGUGGUGAAAGAGGAUGGGCGUGGAUAGUAAGCGGCUUUGUCAUGGGGGGCCAUGUUGGAAAUCUGUUGCUAGUGACGUGGGAAAUUGCGAACAUAGUGGUCGGAACCAUUAGUUUGUCUCUGGAUUACCAAAAGAGAAACUGGCACAACUGUCUGCUCUUUUUAGGGGUUCUUGUCAUCGUUGGUUUGAUUGGCUCUACUGGUUGGGGACAGUCGCAUUGUUUUUGGCUUUGUUCAGGUGCUUUUGGGUUUUCCAUGUGGCUUGUAUUGUGUAUAACACUCUUGGCGACAAACGCUACAAAACACGAUCCUGGAGAGAUGUUCAAGCAAUUUUACAACACGACAGGCUGGAGCUCUAAACCUUACGUCUAUAUAUUAGGCUGGCAAUACACGUCGAUUGCCAGUGGCGCAGAUGCUUCUGCCCAUAUGGCGGAGGAAACACAAAAUCCUUCGAGAAAUGUCCCAAACGCCAUGACGACGUCGGUUAUUGGUACUUACGUUCUGGGCUAUAUCUCUAUCGUCUUGCUGCUAUUGUCCAUAUCCCCGGAAGACGCUGCUACUGUGAAAUCUCAUUCUUUUGCUUUUGGAUAUAUCCUCACGAAGGCAAUUUCAAAGCCAGGGGCAAUAACAGUUUGUUGCUUGAUGGUCAUCGUUCUCAUCUUGCAAGUCCUGGCCCAGUUACAGGCAUCUUCGCGAUUUGUAUUCGCCCUGGCUCGGGAAAAUGGCAUGCCUUUCUCAUCAAUCAUCAGAAAAACUAAUUCUCAUCGCCGGCCCGUAUUCGCUGUUUGGCUCGUUGUGAUUCUAUGCUUGCCCUUUGCAUGCCUUACCUUAGCCAGCGAGUCGACACUGUACUCAGUACUGGCUGUCACAGCAUGUACUCUGAGUUAUGUAGGGUACGCCAUACCCAUUUCACUCUACCUCGUAUCAAGGAUCAAUUUGCAAACAGAGGGAAGGAGUUUGUGGUCUUUGAGGAAGUGGAGCAAACCUGUAGCGAUAGUUGGCUUGUUAUACGCACUUGGGUUGGUUGUUACUCAGACAUUCCCUGGAUCUACGCCAGUUAAAGCAAGUACUAUGUCCUGGUCGCCUGUAAUUAUUACCGGAACAGGUAUCAUGUGCUAUGUGACUUGGAAAUGCUACGGAGAUCGACACUUUGCUGGCCCUAUUAGGGCGAUUACCAAAUGGGAAUCUGGGAUGGAAAUCGAUCUGUCGACUACGCUUGCAUCCUCUCGUUCCCGUCAUUCUGGUUCUCCACAUGCUCAUGUGAUGGACCAAGUGACGAAUGAUUCCCUCAAAUUGGCUUUAUCUCCUUACCCUCCGAGUGGUACCGAAGGCACUGGUGCCGACGUGAUGGUGCAAAGUGCAGCAGGAUCAGGGAUGACCUCGGAAGGGGAGUGGACGAGCGCCAGUGAAAGCAAUGACACUAUAAGCGCAUGGACAGAAAAUAGGGACGAGAACAGAACCCGAGCAACCCGUUCUGUAGGUAAUGGAGGGAUUAGAUAGAAGUCAGAUGGAUGUUCUAAUGAGCAGGACGAGGCGGCGAAGAUAUCUACUAUUAGGAGAUAGAUGUACGUUGUAUAGCUUAGACAGUACUGGUGCGCUCGGUCUUGUCAACAAGUUGGCCGCUCUUCUUUUUACUUCUUCGUACCAUAGGGUUGUAACUUCGAAUAGAUUGGUUUUAGUUUAAAAAUAUGUAAUGACGACUGUGGAUGUAUGGUUUUAGUCACAAAU